AUGUUCCAGGCUGGUGCCCCUUCCCUCACAGCGCGCCGCUCCCCGCCGCCGCCGCCGCCACCCCCCCCUCUCGCCGCCGCCCCCACCCCGCCCCGCCACCUGUACCAGAGACGCCGCGCCGUUCCCCGCCACGGCGGCCCGGCCCGGCCCGGCCCGCGCUGCCCGCCGCUACCCACCGGACAGCGCCUCCGCUCCCCGCCGACCGCCCUCCGCCGCCUCGCCGGCCGAUCCCGCUGCGCUGCGCCCGCUGCGCUCCGCUCGGCUCCGCUCGCCGCCUGUGCCGGGGCGCGGCUCGGGGCCGUCGCCGUGACGCCGCACGCCCAGCCUCGCUCUGGCGCGGCGGGGGCGGAGGGAGGGGCGGGCGCAGGGAGGGGUGACCCCGCCGCACCGCCCCCUGCGCACGCGCACCGCCGCCCCGCCCCCCGCGCUGUGGCGGUGAGGGGCGAGCGGGGCAGUGUCAGACCCGUCCCCGAGUUCUGGUACGCUCCAGCGGGGAGCUGUGGGUUAGUUACCGCUCAGAGGUGCGCCGAAAGCACAGAAUGGUUGCUUAAAGUUAAUUAA